AUGAUUGUAGAAUUUGACCCGAUAAUGCAAGAACAUGUUAGACGCAUACAAAAUAAAGAAAUUCAUAAUCAUUAUCUUGGACCCAGAAUGCAAAAUGAACUAAUACAUUUAUUAUCAAAUGAGGUCAAAACAAAAAUUAUUAAAAAGGUUAAAGAAGCUAAAUAUUUUUCAAUUAUUCUUGAUUGCACACCCGAUAUAAGCCACAAAGAACAAAUGUCCAUUAUCUUACGAUGUUUAGAUAUUUCGCCAACUUCAAUAGAAUUUAAAGAAUACUUUUUAGAAUUUUUAAUAGUGAAUGAUACAACGGGUAAAGGUCUUUUUAAUUCUAUUACUGAGGAACUUAAUAGAAUAGGGCUUAAUGUGGAUGACAUUAGAGGUCAAGGUUAUGAUAAUGGUUCAAAUAUGAAAGGAAAACAUAAAGGAGUACCAAAACGAUUGUUAGAAGUUAAUCCUAGAGCCUUUUAUGUUCCAUGUGGUUAUCAUAGUUUAAAUUUAGUUAUUUCUGAUAUGGCUAGCGCUUGUGACAAAGUUCAAGAUUUUUUUGGAACCAUACAACGUAUUUAUUCUAUUUUUGCAUCAUCCACUAAAAGAUGGAAAAUUUUACAAGAUAAUAUACGAUAUUUAACUCUUAAAUCAUUAUCACAAACACGUUGGGAAAGUCGAUUAGAAAGUGUUAAAGCAAUUAGGUUUCAAGCUCCAAAACUAAGAGAUGCAUUAAUGGAUUUGUAUCGUGAUAGUACCGAGGCUAAUGUUAAAAGUGAGGCUAAAUCUUUAGUUGAAAAUGAGUUGGAAAAUUUUGAAUUUUUAUUAGCGAUGGUUAUUUGGUAUGAGGUUUUACAUGCUAUUAAUGUAGUUAUUAAAAACUUACAAUCAAAAGAUAUGUGUAUUGAUAUUGCUAUAAAACAACUAGAUGGACUUAUUAUUUAUUUUAAAAAGUUUAGGGAUGAAGGAUUUGAAAAUGCUAUGAUUGAGGCUAAAGAACUUGCUUUAAAGAUCGGCAUUGAACCUAGUUUUCGUGAAAAACGUGUUAUUCGUAGAAAUAGAAGAUUUGAUGAAAAUGUUGAUAAUGAGACUUUGAAAACUCCUAUUGAUUGUUUUAGAACGGAUUACUUUUUAUACAUAGUAGAUCAAGCUAGUGUUUCACUCGAAAGUAGAUUUGCUCAGUUUAAAGAGUUCGAACAAAAUUUUGGUUUUUUGUUUAGUAUAAAAAAGUUAAAAUCUUUAGAUCAAAAAAAUUUAAAAGAGAAGUGCAUUUAUCGGAAAAGUUUUGGAACUAUGAUAAUCAUAUUGAUAUUGAUGGUUUAG